UCGGAGGCGCCGGCCCCAAGCUGACUUUCCCCUCCUGUGCUCCAGGUCCAUGCUGGGCAGAAUCGAGGCCCAGGCGUUCGGGUUUGACCAGGUGUUCCGGGCCUACCGGAAGGACGACUUCGUUAUGGCUUUUUUCAAAGACCCAAAUGUUAUUCCCACUUUGAAGUUACUUUCAGAUUCUGGACAGUGGAUUACAUUAGGAACUGAAGUGAAAAAAAUUGAAGCCAUAAAUGUUCCUUGCACACAGCUUUCAAUGUCAUUUUUUAAACGGUUAUACAAUGAAGAUAUUGUACGAGACAGUGGACAUAUUGUUAAAUGUUUAGAUUCUUUUUGUGAUCCCUUUCAUAUUUCUGAUGAGUUACGAAAGGUUUUGCUAGUGGAAGACUCAGAAAAAUAUGAAAUAUUCAGCCAACCAGAUAGAGAAGAGUUCCUGUUUUGUCUUUUCAAACAUCUUUGCCUUGGUGGAGCCCUUUGUCAAUAUGAGGAUGUGAUUAAUCCAUAUCUGGAAACAACGAAGCUUAUCUAUAAGGAUCUAGUAAGUGUUCGAAAGCAUCCUCAAACCAAGGAAAUACAAAUUACCUCUUUCAUCUUUAAAGUUACAGCAUAUGAUUCUGAUGGUGUGUGCUACCCUUCAAGAAAAAGUCAUGAACAGACAUUUUCUUACUUUAUUGUGGAUCCUAUCAUGCGUCACGUUCAUGUUUUAUACCACUGUUAUGGCGUGGGAGAAAUGUCUUAGCAGUAUUCUUUCAGACAAUCUAUAUUUACUAUAUUUUUAUUUACCAAUUUUUAUUUUAGUACUUAUUUAUAGAUAAGCAAUUACUUUGCAAGGUAAUUAAGGUAAAAUGUAAAGAACCCACUUAGAGCAGAAGCAAAUGCCAAGAUGCUUUUCUUUUUUAAUAUGUUUAUAUUGAUUUUAGAGAGAGAAAGAAAAAGGGAAAGGGGAAA